GCAAGUUAUCAUGGAGGAUCAGUAGGCAACUUGCGGCCAGAAGAGAAGGGCAGCUCCCGCUCUGAUCCCCUGGACUUUACUCAACUGCGCUCCGCUCUAAAACAAACCCACCAACAACCACUUUCAAACAUGGAUAUGAAGAAGAGGAUUACUUUAGAGCUGCGGAACCGGAGCCCAGCGGAGGUCGUGGAGCUGGUGGUGGACAACAGUCGGUCAGCUGAUGGAGAGGUCGAGGGUCUGACGGACGAGUUCACAGAGCUGGAGUUUCUCAGUGUGGUCAACGUGGGUCUGAGCUCACUGGCGAAGCUGCCUUCGCUGCCCAAACUUCGUAAGUUGGAGCUGAGUGACAACAACCUAUCGGGGUCUCUGGAGACUCUUGCACAGAAAUGUCCCAACCUGACCUACCUCAACCUGAGUGGGAACAAGAUCAAAGAGCUGAGCACGUUGGAGGCGCUGCAAAACCUGAAGAGUCUGCAGAGUCUGGAUCUGUUUAAUUGUGAGAUCACCUCUCUGGAGGACUACAGGGAGAGCGUGUUCGAGCUGCUACCUCAGGUGACCUACCUGGACGGCUUCGACCAGGAGGACAACGAGGCCCCAGACUCUGAGGCCGACGACGAUGACGAGGACGGCGAGGACAGGGCGGGGCCGACCGGGGAUUACGGAGAGGAGGAUGACGAAGAAGAGGAUGAGGAUGGCUCAGAGGGAAGAGAGGUGGGGCUGAGCUUUCAGGUGAACCAGGCCAAUCAGGAUUACGAAGAUGAGGAUGACUAUGCAGACGAGGAAGAGGAUCUGCAGGGCGCUCAAGGAGAAAAGAGGAAGAGAGACGUAGAUGACGAAGGCGAGGAAGACGACGACGAUGAAGACAACUAGUCCUUCUGAUGGCCGUCGCCUGUGUGUCGUCCUGCCCCAUCUCAGUCCUCCUCUGGACCCAACCUCCACCAAGCAGCAGCAGCUGCCGUUUGCUGCGUCCCAAGAUAGUUGGUUUCAGUUUGUUAGAGAGUCACUUGUUUUCUAGAUAAAAUUAUAUUUGUAGGGAAAGAGAUAUUAUGUGAACUUUACCUGUUGGUUCCAGCUGAAGACUUCACACGUUUCCCUUUAAAAAAAAAAAAACCUGCUUCAGGGUCAAACUGGUGUCCGUCUGGUAAGCCGAACCCCGUCGCCGGUCAGCUGGAGUUCUGCUUCCUCGUCGCGACUUAGAGCACAGGGAAUCAUCUGAACUGGUUUCAUUGCGAACUUCAGGGAGAACAUUUUGAAUCCAGUGCAGAGUGGAGAGCUGUUCAGUCCCACAUUGAGACAAAAAUUAGAACUGUGACAAAUAUCCACAUUUAGGCUUUUAAAGUUCUUAACCGAACGUUGGCGGUAAAGAUCACAGCAAACAGCUGAAUCCCGUCUAAGCUACAGAAAUGAUAAAAUAAGAUUCCUUCAAUUAAGUUUAUUUACAAUUAAUUUCAGUAGGUAAAUAAGAUCAUUUGCCAAUGGAA